AUGGCGCCCAUAGUGGAAAGUGCAAGUCCACAACCAGCUGACCUGGGAUUCUCAGUCUCCAACCAGACAGUCGAGCUCGACAUUGACCUUCGCUCACGGAGCCUGAUAGGUCGCACCAUGAUCACGAUCAAUCCACACUCAAAGGACCUAAGAAUUAUUCGACUCAAUUGCAGACAAGUUGUCGUCACUCGUCUCUCGCUCAAUGGAAAGCCAUGUUCUGCUAUUUCACUCACAGAUCCUUAUAAGAAGGCAAAACUAAAGUGGAACGCUGCUGGAGUUCAACAAUACGACAUGCUACAGCGAAAAUUGGAGGCACAGUUCAAGGAUCCUCCUGAAGAAGAGCUGGAGGUGACAAUACCCAAGACCGUCAAAAUAGAUGAGCUAGAUCCAUUCUCCGAGGAGGCACAAAAUAUUCUCUUGUCGAGGACUUUGGGCAAUAACAAAAAAGACUCGGGCGAUGGCUCGGCAAUCGACCUUGUUCAAAGCUCCCGUACCGCAAUUGAGCAGACAGCACGCUUCACAGCGAUCAGCCUCAUCAUAGACUACGUAAUUGAGAAUAUUCGGGAUGGAAUGCACUUUGUCGGCUGGGAAGAAGGGGACCUUCGAUAUCCUCAUGCGUACACCACCAAUUCUCUAUCACCCGGUGCUGCUUGCUGCUUAUUUCCAUGCGUCGAUAACCUGAACUCGAAGUGUAGCUGGGAAAUCUCUAUCAAAUGCCAGAAGACUGUUGGAGACGCUCUACAGCCAUCUUCAAGCUCAACACCACUACAAGCCAAUUGCUUUCACGACGUCUCGGACAGCGUCAAUGAGACCAACGGACUUCGGAAAGUUGAUGUUCAGUCCAAUUUCAGUGACGAAGACAAGGCGCUGGAUCUAGCAGUAAUAUGUACAGGAGACAUGACCGAUGAGAUUGUCGAUGCUCGAGACCCUGCGAGCAAGACUACAUCGUUCACGUGCAUAACAGCUAUCUCAGCGCAGCACAUUGGUUUUGCCAUAGGCCCAUUCGAGCAUGUUGACUUAGCAGAAUUUCGUGAGAGUGAGGAAGAUGAAAGACUCGGCCAAAACGCCGUUCCCGUUCAUGGCUUUUGCUUGCCAGGUAGAGUCGACGAGAUCAAAAAUACGUGUCUUCCAAUAGCAAAGGCUAUAGAUUUUAUUACUAUGACUUACGGCUCGUAUCCAUUCUCAGACUACAGUCUUUGUUUUGUGGACGAUCUACAUCCAGAUAUCCUCGACACCGGUUCUUUGUCAAUAUGUAGCAACCGGCUGCUAUUUCCAGAAGAUGUCAUCGAACCUUUGGAUCGCGUUAGCCGCCAGCUAGUCCAUGCUCUUGCUGUGCAAUGGAUGGGCAUCAAUAUUGUGCCAAAAGACCCUUCUGAUUUUUGGGUCGUUGUGGGCAUUGCCUAUUUUAUCACUGAUAUCUUCAUGAAGAAGCUGUCCGGUAACAACGAAUACCGUUAUAAUCAGAAGAGGGCAGCAGACCGUGUUGUUGAGCUCGACAUCGAUCGUCCAUCACUGUACGACACCGGAGCUUUGAUCGCCCUCGACCCAUCAGAGCUUGAAUUUCUGGAACUCAAAGCGCCUCUGGUUCUCUUCAUACUGGAUCGAAGACUAACGAAAGCGGGUACUUCCGGGGGUCUUUCUCGAAUCAUAUCAAGGAUCUUUUUGAAUGCCAAAGUGGGUGACCUUGCCAAUGGCUCCAUCGACUCACCAUACUUUAUCAGGACAUGCGAAAAGCUGGGUCACAUGAAAUUUGACGUUUUCUUCGCGCAAUGGGUUGAGGGAGCCGGAUGCCCUAAGUUCCGCGUCACUCAAAGAUUCAAUAAGAAGAAGCUUGUAGUGGAAAUGAUGAUUCAGCAGAGUCAAGCCGAGAACAUCAAGGAUCGAGACAUGGACAGUGAAUAUUUCGUUCGAGAUGUCAAGGAAGAGCAUAAAGCGGUCUACGCAGGUCCCAUACAACCAGCAUUCACCGGUCCAAUGACCAUACGUAUCCACGAAGCUGAUGGCACACCAUACGAGCAUAUUAUUGAAAUCAAAGACUCCAAAACGACAUUCGACAUCCCGUACAAUACCAAGUAUAAACGACUCAAACGAAGUCGGCGGCAGAAGGAAAGAACUGCGGCAAGCGUGGGAAAUGAAUACAUGGGUGGCGGAAACGACGAUGUCCUAUUAUACUCUUUGGGUGACGUUCUACAAUCCGAAGAAGAGAUGAAGGAAUGGAGGCUUGCGGAGUGGAGCAAAGAUGAUGAAGAAAAGAUGAGUCAAGAGUCUUACGAAUGGAUACGCAUGGACGCAGAUUUUGAAUGGAUCUGCAAGAUUUCAACGUCAAUGCCACCAUAUAUGUGGGUCUCACAGUUGCAACAGGACAGAGACGUUGUAGCUCAGCUGGAGUCAAUUCAGUGGAUGAGUUUUGUGAAUGCACAUGAACUGGUUUCCACGGUACUUGUACGAACGCUAAUGGACCAACGAUACUUCCACGGCAUCCGUACCGCUGCAGCAGCUGUUCUAGCAAAAAACGCCAAAAGUGAGGUGGGCUGGAUUGGCUCUUUCCAUCUCGAGAAGGCCUUUCAGGAAUUCUUCUGCUAUCCAGGCUCUCCCAUGACGCGCUCGAAUGACUUUACCGACCGCGCAUCUUACUACAUACAGUGUGCGAUCCCUCAGGCGAUGGCGAAAAUCCGCAACCCAAGCGGCCACACCCCUUAUCAAUCGAGAAAUUUUCUCUUUGAGAAGCUGAAGUUCAACGACAACUCGAAUAACCAGAUCUCCGAUUGCCACUAUGUCGCCACUCUUAUGAGGGGAUUAGCAGAAGCCCUAGCUUCGAAGCCGCCGUUUCCGGCAAAUGAUCUUGAUGAUUUCGAAGAUAACAGCGAAGACAACCAAGUAUUUCUCAACGCCUGUCUGGAAGAGAUCGAUCGACACCGGCGUAUCGAUGAAUGGAUCCCUUCCUACCACAACAUACUCUCAACUACUGCUCUGGACUGCAAGCGAAUAUUAGCUAAAGCUGGCAUCAUCCAGACCAGGCCUGUGGAUUUCUUACACUACACGCCAGAUGGUACUUCGGAGUACCUGCGCCUCAGUGCUUUUUCGAAUGUCAUGGCUUUGGGCUUUGCGAAGAACCAUGCUAUACUUCGUUGGUUCCUCUUCGUCCUAGGCACAGAUCCUUCACCCUAUGUUCGAGAGAACCUGCUUCGCAUAUUUGGCAAGGCUCUUGGUGCUAUUGCGGUGGGCGAGCACUUAGAAGUUGCCAAAGAACAAGCAGCUCAGCUGGACGGUCUCGUCAUUGAGCAAGAGUCAACCACCGAAGGCCGGCAGGCGGAUCUAGCGCGGAAGCAAACAGUCGAGGGGGCGCUCAAUGCUUUAAGAGAUGAAGUGUCCGCGGACCCCGUCCUGAAGAAAGAGCUGUGGAAGGCUAUCGAAUCACCAACCCUAUCCUUACGUCAACUGGGCGAGCUCCUGGGCAUCUGCGACUGGCUAUAUGAACCCGACUCCAAAAUCAUCGUCCUCCUCAGAUACCCUCGAUACUGGGAAAUCAAGAACCUGGGCAAAGGCAAACUUCUCUUCACCCGCACUUCUCGCGUCCGCACAACCAUAGCUAAACGCAAAGCUGUCGCUGCUCUUCCCCAGCCCUUUAUCAAACGAGAGAACAGUAUCCCUAACAAUGGCAUGCAGCCGCCGCUCAAACUAAUGUUCAAGCCAAAGAAGCCUCCAAUGCAGAGUACGGCGUCUGCUUCUUCGGUCACGAGUGUAGAGAGCGUGCCGCCGAGCCCAGUAGUAGAAGGGGAUAAUGCCAAGCCGAAGCUGAAGAUCAAGUUCAAGGUUGGUGGCGGCGCUGGGAGCCCUUCGUGA